AUGAAAUCCUGUGUUUUCUGUAAUGUCUCAAAAGAGAACGGAUUCAAUAUUCUUUGGGAAGAUGAUAAAUACAUCGCCUUUUACGACCGAGACCCCGCAUGCAGAUACCACGUUCAAUUAAUCCCGAAGGCACAUAUUCGAAGCGUAAAGUCCUUAACGAAAGAUGAUGCGCAGCUUGUUCGGAAUAUGGCUGCUAUCGGCACGAGCAUUCUAGAUCAACUCGAUGUCCCGAAAGAUAUGAGAAAGAUGGGGUUUCAUAUACCCCCCUUCAAUUCUGUUAGUCAUCUACAUCUUCACGUACAAGGUCUUCCGUAUAAGAACUUCUUUCGUGCGGCAAAGUAUCCCGUCACUCGGGGUGGUAAAUGGCACGAUAAAGGGUUCAGUUAUUUUGUAGAUGUGGACCAGGUCAUCAGAAUCUUGGAGAAGGGAAGCGGCGUCGGAAUUUCUCCAUGCUCAUAA